AUGGCAGACAUUCCUAAGGACGCUCCUGAACACUGCCCUGGUACUGACAGUGGAUCAGCAGGGAAAGCAUCAGCUUGUCAAGGAUGUCCUAAUCAAACUAUAUGUUCUUCAGCAAAACCUCAAGGUCCUGAUCCAGCUAUUGGUGAAAUAAAGAAUCGGCUUGCCUCAGUCAAACAUAAGAUAAUAGUAUUAUCUGGAAAAGGUGGUGUGGGAAAAAGUACAUUUACAGCUCAUCUGGCUCAUGGAUUAGCUGCAGAUGAAAGCAAACAGAUUGGUGUUUUAGAUGUUGAUAUUUGUGGACCCUCCAUACCAAGAAUAUUAGGUUUAGAAGGAGAACAGGUUCACCAAAGUUCUUCAGGAUGGUCACCAGUGUAUGUAACAGACAAUUUAGCAGUGAUGUCAGUAGGGUUUCUACUAUCAGGACCUGAUGAUGCUGUCAUUUGGAGAGGACCAAAGAAAAAUGGUAUGAUCAAACAGUUUUUACGAGAUGUAGAUUGGGGUGAGAUUGAUUAUUUAGUUAUAGACACGCCCCCUGGUACUAGUGAUGAACAUAUAUCAACCACCCAAUACCUUAGUCAAACUAAUGUUGAUGGUGCAGUAUUAUUAACAACACCUCAGGAAGUAGCCUUACAAGAUGUUAGAAAAGAAAUAACAUUUUGUCGGAAAGUUAAUUUACCUAUAAUAGGUGUUGUAGAAAAUAUGAGUGGUUUUGUUUGUCCUAAAUGUACAACGGAGUCUGUGAUAUUUCCACCAACUACUGGCGGAGGUGAAAAGAUGGCAGCAGAUUCUAAUAUUCCAUUCCUGGGAAAGUUACCUCUUGAUCCUAGAAUAGGAAAAUGUUGUGAUGAAGGAAAGAAUUAUUUUGAAGAAGUUCAAGAAUCGCCUGCAACUCUAGCAUUUAAAAGCAUUAUUGACAAAAUCAAAGAUUAUUGUAUGAAGAGAAGAGAACAGAUAGAAACAGAUACUGGUGAAGAGAACAGAUAAAACGAAGUCAAUAUAUAUUCUUCCUCAUUGAAAUCCUGUAUAAUUAUAACUGAAUGUUUUUAAUGACUGAUUUACUGACCAAUAUUAGAAAAUUUUAUUUUUGCAAUAUAAAAUGGUGCUACAAAUGUCAGAUAAAAUUAUCAAGUGCU